CAGCUCUGGUAUCAGUGGCUGAAGCAGCAGCGAAGACCGUCCGUGUGGUGCACCUCGAUUCGCCGAUUGAUUUUUGUUUUCUCACCGGUUUCAAAGGGUUAUGGCUCCUGGCACUCAGGUCGAAGGGAGCGCUGCCGAUGAGAAAGCCGCAUCGCCGACGAGGAACGCCGACUCGUCGGCAGGGCCCGCUGCGGAGUCGGCCGGCAACAAGAACCACGCGGUCGAUGACAACAAGAUGAACGGCGACGAGGACAACAACCAGGAAAAGAGCGAGGACGAGAGCGGCACCGAGCCAAAGUCCAACACGGACGAACAGGAGGUCGUCUUCAUCCAGGAUAUGGGCUUCACAGUCAAGAUCGUCUCGCCUGGCACCGAAGCCUUUGAUAUUCAGGUAUCGAGCAUGGAAUUGGUGCAGGAGAUCCACCAGCUGCUGAUGGACAGAGAAGAUACGUGCCACCGCACUUGCUUCUCGCUGCAGCUGGACAACGUGACGCUGGACAACUUUGCCGAGCUGAAGAACAUCGAGGGCCUGAAGGAGGGCUCCGUCAUCAAGGUGGUCGAGGAGCUGUACACAAUGCGCGAGGCCAGGAUACACGUCAGGCACGUGCGAGACCUGCUCAAGAGUCUCGACCCGGCUGACGCGUACAACGGCGUCGACUGCAGCUCGCUCUCCUUCCUCAACGUCGUCACUCAGGGCGACAUCACGGACACACCGCGAUCAUCACAUAUCAGAGAAAAACGGAAGAUUCGCCCAGAGAGUGUGGACUGCACUCCACCAGACUUCAUAAUGCCCAGGUGCAAAGAAAGACCUAUCCUGCCCCUGCAGCCCCAAGCUAAGGAGCACAAGGGACCACAGUGCAUUAAGGUAUUGACGACGUCAGGGUGGAAUCCACCUCCAGGUCCACGGAAAAUGCACGGUGACCUGAUGUAUUUGUACGUGGUUACCCUGGAGGACAAGCACUACCACAUCACGGCGUGUACGCGCGGCUUUUUCGUCAAUCAGUCGGCUGAGGAGGAGUUCAACGCGAAGCCGGCCUCGCCGAGCCACUUGUGCCACUCGCUCAUUGAGCUGCUAAACCAGAUCAGCCCGGCCUUCAAGAAGAGUUUCGCCGCCCUGCAGAAGAAGAGGACGUCAAGGCACCCCUUCGAGAGGGUUGCCACGCCUUACCAGGUCUACGCGUGGUGCGCGCCGAACAUUGACCACACCAUCGACGCCAUCAGGGCUGAAGACACAUUUUCUUCCAAGCUGGGUUACGAGGAGCACAUUCCCGGACAAACGAGAGACUGGAACGAGGAGCUGCAAACCACCCGAGAGUUAUCACGCAAAAAUCUGCCUGAGAGACUGUUGCGUGAGCGUGCCAUAUUCAAGGUUCACAGCGACUUCGUGGCUGCGGCCACCAGAGGUGCCAUGGCCGUCAUCGACGGUAACGUGAUGGCCAUCAACCCUGGCGAGGAGGCCAAGAUGCAGAUGUACAUCUGGAACAAUAUCUUCUUCUCGCUUGGAUUUGACGUCAGGGACCACUACAAGGAGCUUGGCGGGGAUGCUGCUGCCUUCGUGGCUCCUAAAAAUGACUUGCAAGGAGUGCGUGUGUACUCUGCUGUCGACCUGCCCGGCCUGUACACGCUGGGCACUGUUGUCAUAGACUACAGAGGCUACAGGGUGACCGCCCAGUCCAUAAUCCCGGGCAUUUUGGAGCGGGAACAGGAGCAGUCUGUCGUCUACGGCUCCAUUGACUUUGGGAAAACUGUUCUCACCCAUCCCAAAUACCUUGACCUGCUCAACAAGGCUGGUCAGCAGUUGAAGAUUUUGCCGCACCAUGUGAUCAACGAGAAGGAUGAGGAGAUUGAACUGUGUUCUUCCGUCGAGUGCAAGGGAAUCAUCGGCAACGAUGGGCGCCACUACAUUCUGGAUUUGCUCAGGACUUUCCCCCCAGAUGUCAAUUUCCUCAAAUUGGAGGGCGAGGAGCUUAGCAAAGAGGUGAGGGCGUUGGGCUUUCCCCUCGAGCACCGGCACAAGCUGAGCUGUCUGCGCCAAGAGCUGAUCGACGCUUUUGUUGAGAACCGCUACAUGAUGUUCAUCAAGUUCGCUGCCUUCCACCUUCAGCAGCUGGGCGCAAAGAAGCAGAAGGAACGGGAGAGCAGGAGCAGCCAGGAGAAGGAAAUCGCAAAGAUCACGGAGGUGGUCAAGGACAACAAGGAGGGCGAGGAGAAAGGCGCUGCCGAGCGGGAAAUCGAGACUGAGGAGGCCAAGAAAAUCGUCGAGAGCAUCACGGACUCGAUCACCAGUGGCGAAAAACUCGAAACAGUGGAGGAGAGCACCAGGGAGGUGGUGAAGAAGGCUGCUCUGGCGGUGGGCUCCCUCAAGGAAACUGAGUUUGAUGUCAGGUUCAACCCUGACGUGUACUCCCCUGGCGUCAGGCACGCAAACCUGGAAGGUGACGGACUGAAGAAGGAGCGUCAGCUGAUCAAAGACGCGGCUGAGUUCCUUGUUAUCACACAAAUCCCCAGUUUCAUUCGAGACUGUCUGGACCACACUUCUGCACCAAUGGACGGCAUAACCUUGUCAGAGGCGAUGCACAACCGUGGCAUCAAUAUCAGGUACCUGGGUAAAAUCGCCGAAAUGCUGUCCAAGGUCGGACAGCUGGAGUACGUGUACUCAAUCGCCGUGUCUGAGCUGGUCUGCCGCUCAGCCAAACACGUGUUCACCAACUAUAUGCAGAGCGUGGAGCUGAUGAGCCUCUCGGCUGCCAUCAGCCACUUCCUCAACUGCUUCCUCUCAGCCUGCGUGACGCCGCACACGCCCCAAGGACUCGACGAGCUCCAGAGCAAAAACGCCAAGAAACGCAACAAGCGCAAGGGCAGGGCCAACCCCCUCUCCAGCCCUGACAAUCUAGAGUGGACUACCAUGACUCCCAGGUCCGUCUGGAAUCAGCUCAAAACCGAGAUGAAACAAUAUUAUGACUGGGACAUGCCUUGCGAUUCGGUUGAACAGGCUGUCGAGCGGUUUACUCUGCAGAAGAUUUCCCUUUUGAGGUCUUUCUGCAUGAAAACGGGCAUCCAAAUCCUUCUACGCGAAUAUUCUUUCGACACCAAGAACAGACUGACUUUCUAUGAAGAGGACAUUGUUAAUGUGUUCCCUGUGGUGAAGCACAUCAACCCAAGGUAUUUGCUUGCGCAGGCUAGUGACGCUUACAACUUCUACACGACGGGCCAGACCAAAAUCCAGCAGGGCUACCUCAAGGAGGGCUACGAACUGAUCAGCGAGGCGCUCAACCUGCUCAACAACGUGUACGGCGCUAUGCACCCCGAAAUUGCGCAGUGCCUCCGCAUGCUGGCCAGACUCAACUACAUCAUGGGCGACCACGCCGAGGCCAUGAGCUACCAGCAGAAGGCGGUCCUCAUGUCCGAGCGGGUCAACGGCAUCGACCACCCCUACACCAUCACAGAAUACAUUCAUCUUGCACUGUACUGCUUCGCAAACACACAAGUGAGCAUUUCCCUGAAGUUGCUCUACCGAGCGAGGUACUUAACCCUCCUUGUGUGCGGAGAAAACCACCCUGAGAUGGCCCUCCUGGACAGCAACAUCAGUUUGAUCCUGCACGCAUUGGGAGAGUAUGAGCUGUCGCUGCGCUUCCUCGAAAAAGCGCUCGAGCUGAACAUCAAGUACAACGGACCCCGCUCCCUGAAGGUGGCUGUCACCUACCACCUCGUGGCACGCACGCAGAGCUGCAUGGGUGACUUUAGGUCGGCCCUGCAGAAUGAAAAGGAGACGUACGCCAUUUACAAACACCUGCUGGGUGAUGAGCAUGAGAAGACAAGGGAGUCAUCAGAGUGUCUGCGCCAUCUGACGCAGCAGGCGGUCGUUCUGCAAAAGAAAAUGAAUGACAUCUGCACAGGAAAGGCUGGCGCCACUCUGCCACCCAUCCAAAUCCAGACACCCUCCAUGGGCAGCGUCCUCGACAUGCUCAACGUCAUCAACGGAAUCCUCUUCGUGCAAAUCAGCCAACAAGACAUCGAAAACUUCAAGGCUGAGGUUGAGAAGCGGCAGCUGAAGGAGUCCACGCCGGAGAGCAAGGACGGCGUCACGAAGAGCGGCAAUGUGGUAGUGAAAGAACUGGAGGAAGGCUUUGCCGACUCGCCCAUGUCCGUGUCGCCAAUCGAGUCGAGCUGAGCACACCGACGUUCUCAGUGCACUCGAACUGACUCUUCGUUAGUAAAUGCAUAGUUUGACACCGGUAGCGGAUAUUUACUCAUUCAAGAGUAGAGCAAUUUUUUGUUUCUGUUUGUGAGAAGAGAGAGGACCUGUUCUGGCGAGAGAAUACACACAUACAUACUAUACUUGGUCUAGCCAGUUAAACAAACACAUACACACAUUGAUAUUUAGUAACGGAAGGACUGGUUCAAAUAAGAAGCAUUAAUUUCGUGCCUAAAACAGCCACUAUUUGGUUGGCAUCAAUUUCAUUCAGUACCACAACCAUGAAAGGCGAUGAUCUGCCCCGUUAAAUCGCAUUUUCGGGAAAGCCGCCCCGAUUUUUGACAGUGCUUCAACCGAAACCACUUGAAGAGGGCAAUAAUUGGUGAAUUUUCUGGAUUUUAUAUUAAAUUUUUGGAUUUGUGCAAUUUAUGCACCUUUCCAAUCAGUGAAAAUAAGAUUUACAGGGUAAAUAAUUAUUUUUACUCAUUCUAAAAUAAAUUUAUUUUCGUUCCUGAUUAGCUCUAAUUUAAAAUUUAGAAAAAAAUCAAGCUGUUUUACAAGACCAGAAGCUGCAGAAUAAUUUAAAAGACAGAAAAUUAACCUUUUAUUGAACCUUACUAAACCACACACACACAGUUUGUUUUGUACCAGCAGAUGUUAGUUACUGAACGAAGAAAAUGCUCUCUGCCGGUUAGUUUCGAUCAUUUUUUAACCCCGCCAACAACGGCUGAGCAUUUUCUUCCUCGAGGAUUCGGUAGGACUAGGUGAUAUUAGAUGGCAACUCGUAUUUUAGAUAACCACACGUAUAAUGAUUAAAUCGUAGACGCCCCUGCGCGGGUCCUCCGGGGCCGGGGUGUCCCCCCUGCGCCCUGGGGCCAGCCAGCGGAAUAGCAAGCAGCGUUUAGCAAUAUUUAAACGCUAUACUUUUACAAGUGGCCAACAAAAUGCUCUGAAUUUUCGGUCAAACAUCAUUAUAAUAUGUGGCUUGCGUACCGGCAAUAAUUAGAGUAAUGAAUAAAUAGCAAUGUUGAUUCUGGUGAAACCGAAAAAGCGCCACCGACCAGGCUCGAUUCCUUCCUUGUCCCGUUUGCGUAGUGUGAUAGGUAUUUUUGUAGAAGAUUCCAUUCAACCAAGACUUGAAUCGCAGAUAUAGUAUUUUUUAAAAUGUUUAAUCAAUCUGAGAGCUUAGAAGGUAAUGUUACAUUCCAACUUUCAAAGUCUAAAAAAUUUAGAAACCCCCGCCGGAAGGAGUCCAGCCUGGCAAGUGUACUUACUUGAAAGAAUUUCAAAAAUUUAGCCGUUGUUGUAUUUGUCAUGUUGUUUAACGUUUUGAGGCCUAUAUUUGCAUAUGACAUCACAAGUGUUGGCAGGCUUGUGAAGCACAAGUUGCUAAUUAUUUUCCUUGCAACCAUUAACACAAACAGACACACAUAAAAUACUAGUCCUCGUUGAGGGAGAAAAUUUUACGCUUGAGCAACUCGGAAAUAUUAUAUUAAUUGAUUGUUUUGAGUUAUCCAAAGAGCAAUUAUCACAGGAAUGUGGCCAUAGAUUAGCAGUUCAAAGUAAUUUGAGUGGAGCCAAGGUUAGUGCCAUAAUUACGUUGGAAACUAGUCAGAUACGUCGCUUCCCCGUUUUCCGCCUUUCACUUAUGAUUAUGUUCUGUUUAAAGAAUCAACUCUCUGUGAAGUAAUAACUAACUACUCGUGUUUGAAACGAAAUAAGCAAUUGUUUCUUUAUGCUGCUGUUGUUGUUGCCAGUGCAAGUGCUCCGGUUGAAGUUGAAGGUGCUCAGUUGAGUUAACGUUGGUUUAUUGUAUUUUUUUUCUCAAAUAAACACAAAUUUAGAUAAAAAAAA